CACAACAAGUUUAUUCAUUUAAUUUACCAAAGUGCCAAUUAGUAUUUAUAAUGUUUUUAGUGUUUUACAAUAUGUGCAAUUUAAUUUUAUCAAUUUUCUUAAUGCGCGUGGACUGAGAAAUAUGAUUCAUUGUCUGUCAAAAACUAGUGAACUUGACUGAAAACGAAAGAAUUAUUUUUGCCUCAACUCAUUAAAAAGGAAUAUCGUAAUGCAGGAAAGCGACGCUCCUUAUCUCCUGACCGGAGGAAUUUUCUACAUUUUUGGUCUACUCUGGUGUUUUGAAUACGCAAUUUUCUGGUUUCCACCUCAAAAGGAGCAUCUCGACACAAGAGACAUUCCUCGAAACAGAGGAGUCUGUAACAAAUUCUUAACCAGGUAUCCUCUCGAAGGAAGUUUAAAAUUAAUUUCCACAGUCAUAGGACUCGCAGGAACUUUGACUGCCUCUCCAAAUGAAGGAAUUAUUUCCGCAAAAGUCAGAUAUGCCACCUUGUACCUCUUUUUCGCACUCUCUGGUCUAGUCGACGUUCUGAACUUUUACUUCCCUCGCCACUUCAGCCGAGGUCUCGUCAAAAUGGGCCUUGCACAAAGCUUUUUCGUAGAAGGUCUUCUCUUUCUUUGGGCAAAUAUCGGCGACAAUCCAAUGAUUGACGCGAUAUUGGCUGGAAUUGUCUGGACGACGACGCUUUCUGUUAUUCUUGAACUGGCUUGGCCUGAAAUUAAAUUGUUAACAGGAGCCACAACUCUAUUGCACGGAGCCUGGAUAGCUCAUAUGGUUCGCGUUCAUAGCGCAAGAGUUUUAUCUUCCGAGGAAGUUGUUGUUAAUUUUUCUUGGCACAUUGCUGUCGCAUCGACUGUUACUCUCUGCAUUGUUGGUGUCACUAGAAGUUUGACUCCUCGUGUUUCAAGAGAUAUUCCGCCUGAAAUACCAAUUUAUGAUUAUUGCCAAGAACCAGGAAGGAAUUAGAAAUAUUCAGGUUCUUUUUUCAAUUGAGGAGAAAGCGAAAGAAACGUGAUAAAUCCGUUUUUUGAACAAAAUUGAGAUCAAAAUCAUUUUUAGGUUUGGAAUGCAGACCUCACAGGCCAGUUUUAUAUAUCCACUAUUGAACCCUAUGUUCAGUUCAGGUCCCUGAAGAACCCUAUUUUCAAGAUUUGGUUUCUAGUGACCCUAUUUACAGCCCAUAAUGUAACUUUAACAAAGUUUUUUGCGAGAUCAAAGAUUCCAAUAGUCAGGGAUUUAAAAAAACAGUCCAAUUUUGAUUUCAACAGUAUUUUAAAUAAUUAGUUAAAUUUUUUUAUUUUUUUCAUUUAUGAUAUCAUUUAUUUUAGAAUACCUAAUUUGACAGUUUUUCACUUUAAAAAUGUUCC